AAGGAGCGAGCUAGAGGGAGUGAUACAGAGAGAGAGAGAGAAGGGAGGGGAGUUUAAACUAAGUGCUAUGUUUUGGGACAGGCUAAUCUGCUAGCGAGCAGUGUGAGGAUCGGAGCGUAUUGUGUGAGCCAGUGUGCGGGGGACAGAUAAGGGAGCCAUCCAGCCCGCCAACACGACCCACCGACCUACCGACCGCCUGACUGCCUGUUUUAAUGUGCUGACUCUGGGGAGAUUUAAAAAAAACAGCAUAUUGACUCCUUAGACGUGUGCGGAGACCCUGGGCACAAACGCCAGCACAGCAGCCACAGCAGAGGACAGGCAGACACAGACAGGGGAGACAGAAAAAACAUCCCAACUCCAAAAAAUCAGAACAUUUAAGAGGAUUUUUUUAUCCCCCCUCUUUUUUCAAUUGAUUUUUCUUUUUUGUGUUCCCGGGGACUGACUCCUGACAGCCGCAAAGAGACGAGAAAACGACAGGAGCAAAAAGAACCUGAAGAGAAUCUGAACAUUUUAAAGGACAGAACGACAUACAAAGAAUCUGAACAUGUUCGAAAUAAGCCGAACACUCAACGCCGCUUUGUUGAGCAAUGAG